UUCUACCAUCUUCACGUCUACGGCUUGAACGAAAGGCUCCAGACGACAACGCCAUCCCAGUACUGCUUCGACGCUGAACAGUUAUCUGUUCAGACUGGGUCCUGCAGCUUCGAUAUCUUUCUGUAUUUCACGAUCCAAUCUCUUUGAAAGUAGUACUGGUCGCAAAGGUCUCUCGUUUUCUAUUUUCUUUUUGAUUUACGCGAAUGAACCAUGCCUGGGCCCGGCAGUCAACGAUCGAAGAAAUCCAAAAGCAAAGCUAAACCGUCAACAGCCCCGGCCAGUUCGACUCCCGAUGCCUACCUCGGUGACAUAGAUAAUGCCGUGGGAUGGAAUAUCGUUGUUGAUAUCUUGUGUGAAGGAUUCGAACUGCCUGAUUUAACGACACGCAGCGGUCUAAAGAAAGUUCAUGCAAAUUUUGACAGUAUAUAUCGACGUCUCGAUAAAGCCUAUGUCAAGCAUGAAAGCAACGAGAAAGUUACAGGGGGGAUCAUCGGGAUUUACGGCAGGAUGUGCGCUGAUAAAAUAUUACGGGAUAGACUGUUCGAAAAAGGCUUUUUGAAACGACUUUUACCCUUGCUACAUAUACAAGAGACGCGGCAUGUUGCUCUACGCGCCCUUUCCCUAAUCACGCAUCACGGAGGAGAGGAAAUCAGGUUCGACAUCGCUCGCCAUUCCAAUGAACUCACCAAGUCUCUUUCUAAAUUCCCGGAUGACACUGCGGGCUCAGAGCUCGUCGUCUCAGUACUCGCUCAUUCCAUCCCUGCUGUCGUCAUGUUUGACUCUGUUUCACCUCAACCCGACAUAUUUCGCUCUCUAGACAUGAACACCAUCAUAAAAGAGGUUACAGACAGUAUGAAGAGACCUAAUGCUUCAACAUAUCUUAUCAACCACGCCUCUGAGCUCUUAAGCCUGUCGACCCUCAACUGUUAUGCCGCCUUCAAACAGAAUCCUUCUGCCAUGACUUUCCUGGUUGCGGGCCUUAGGAGUGCUGAUUGGGCAUUCCGGUGUACUUGUUUGGGCGGUGUCAUCCGAUUCCAUCGACACGAAUCUGAAGCAGAUAUCCGAGGGAUGGACCCCAUGAAGUUCAUGGCAGCUAUCAGUAGGAAGUUCCCCCCGCACAUUAACGACCUCCUCUUAGCCUACGGCUUUGAGCGGUGCGAGACUUUUAUGACCCUCGCCGCGACUCGUGAUUUCCAAAAUGCCAUUAUGAAAUCCGCUCAAGACCAUGACUUGUGUCGGCUAGGACUAUCCAUCGCGCCUAUCAUCAUCCGCACAGAGUUCUCGAUUGCCGACGGAAUGUUCGAAACUGAAAAUCCCGUCACCGGUCGACGGGAAACCCUGGAUAUAGGAUUACCAUUCACAAUAUGGGGGGACUCUCUUCCACAUUGUGCCAAGGCCAUCCGGGCAAAGGGAAACCCAACUGAAGCUGAUAUUGCGGAUAUCCUCGACGUCAAGUAUUUCAUUAAGAUAGGGCGUCUCCCGGAGGCCGUGCGUCUAGCUCAGGAAUCCCUCAAGCGCAACCCCCAGUGCGCUUACUUUUACUACGCCAUUACUCUUCUUGCGGACCCUGUUCAAGGUCUUCGGGCUGCGAAGAAGGGUUUGAAGUGUAAACAGAUCAGUCCUUUCAUUCGCUUCCAGUUACUCCAACGUGCAGUCUCGCACGCAAUGGAAUUGGGGCUGCGGAAACUUCAGGAGGCAAGUAGGUUUGACACGGUUCCUUGGCACGAGGGCGUCGCUUUCUUGACAAGCGCGCUCGAGGACUCCAAGACGUACAUAAAGCAGGCGCCUCCUGAUAAUCGUCACAUGAAGUCUGUUCUGUACUGGAACAUUCUUUUGACGCUCGCAAUCCAAGGAGCGGAUAUUAGUGUCAAUCUCAGAGAACUCGAGAAAACGCGAAAACAACUCGAGAUCGCAGACGAGAUUAGCACCUUUAUCGGAACCCCUCCCCCAAAGACAAACGAGCGUCUGGCGCAAGAGACCGUUUUGAAAUUGUAUACUCAGGCCGCUCAAGAAUGGGAGAGCACCAUAUCGAAUAAUGACACUGAAUGGGAAGAGAUUGUCACACCAAAGAGAGCAGAAGAUGAUCUCCAGGCGUGGUUGGAGGAGCUCCAUCUCGAUGAUCCCGCGGUGAAAGCGAAUCCGUCAUGUCUGCACCCGAAGAUUACUUCCAAUCACGUCGCAUUAUACCGGUGCUCGUGGUGUGGUACUCCAAGUGCGGUUCUCAGAAAGUGUUCUAGGUGUGGACAAACGAGGUACUGCGAUGCUGGAUGCCAAAAGUCCCACUGGGCGGAUCAUAAACGGCAAUGUGCUCAGGCUUCAGAUGCUGAUUAGACAGCACUCUUUCCCCUUGCUUGCUCGUGUAACUCUAUUGUAUGCUUGUUAAUCUACGUACCGCCUUUCUGGUCGACACACCGAGAAAAGAUGAACAUUGGGAUCAUAUUGAAAAUUGUAUUCACGCGUGCGCGUGAAGCAUAGAAAUGUGGCGAUGGAGCUGGAUCUCUAUGAAUUUCCAAAGAAAUGUUUGUAUUACUGCUUCA